GAAGGCCAAAUGAGCCGGCCGGGACCGUGACCCUGCGUGGGCAUCCUUCCGCGCGUGAAUUGGGGUCCCCGCCGUGCCGCCUCGGGGGAGGGAAGGUGUAAUCGUGUGAGCCGCGCGGCUGCGGGUCCGGGCGUCCGGCCUAGAGAUUAAUGGAUUCCCAGAAGUUGACUUGCAGCAAUAUAUAGAAAUGUUUUUCUAUAUGAGACCCAUAAGGAGGUUAUGUCUAGAGAAAAUAUUGCCCCCCUGGCUUCUUCACUCAAGAACACUCUCCGGAGCUGAGGCCAUAAACGCUCUGAGACCUUUCUAUUUUGCAGUGCACCCAGAUUUCUUUGGACAGCAUCCCAGAGAGAGGGAAAUCAAUGAAAAUUCUCUUAAGAAAUUAAGUGCCUACUUGGAAAACCUCCAGAAACCGGGCUUCAAGUCUUUGAAACCAACUCAGCUUACUUUUUACGUGAGAGAGACGGAACAGAUGUCCUCGGAUGGCCACGAGUCAUUGAACGCACUAGGAUUUCGAGCCGUCACUUUUACUUUGCAUAGCAGAGAUCUCCUGAGCACCGUCCUAGAUAUUCUCAACUCCUGUAGCUUAUCCACUGAGCACAUCCCGAGUUCCAGUGCUAAUGAGGCUUCCCAAGCACCCAGCGGGGCACAAAGGACAUUUGACAGACCUAUUAAAUGGAACAAGACUUACUACUCCUUUACUGGAUUCAAGGACCCUGAAGAAGAACUGGAAAAAGCCCAAAGAAUGGAAACUUCUCUCGUGUCCUGGUUAGAUAGUAAUGAAAAAAAUGCCAUUAAAAAGCUGAACAGUAGUUUGCCACUAAGAGAGGAACUAGACCGUUUGAAAAACCAGCUGUCUCAUCAGCUCCUGCUCUCAGAUAUCAGGUGGCAGAGGAGCUGGGGGAUUGCUCACCGCUGUGGCCAGCUGCAUAGCCUAGGUCGCUUAGCCCAGCAAAACCUGCAAGUCCUUCAGAAUGUUCAAGGUUGUACAAUAAUAUUCACAGACCGGUCAGGCAUGAGUGCCUUGGGCCAUAUCAUGCUAGGAACCAUGGACGUUCAUCACCAGUGGACCAAACUCUUUGAAAGGUUGCCCAGUUACUUUGCCCUCCAGAGGAAGCUGAUGCUUUUAGAGGACCGGAUCAGCCACCUGCUGGGUGGCAUCCAGGUGGUCUACGUGGAGGAGCUGCAGCCAGCGCUGACCCUUGAGGAAUACUACUCUCUCCUCGACGGCUUCUAUAGCCGGCUUCUGAAGAGCAGGCCCCCCUUCCACCCGCACAGUCUCCGGGGCCUGCAGAUGGUCCUGGACAGCGACAGGUACUCUCCCAGCCUGCAUGAACUCGGUUACUUCAACAUCCCAACACUGUGCGACCCCGUGUCCCUGCCGUGGUUUAUUUUCACCAAAGCAGCCCAAGCCCGAGAAAACAUGAAAAGAAAGGAUGAGUUAAAGGUAAUUGAAAAUGAAUUGAUCCACGCGUCCAUUAAGAAAUUUUCUCUGAAGAAGCUGUACAAGGAGCCUAGCAUUUCAAGCGCCCAAAUGAUUGCCUGCUGUGAGCGACUUCUCGAACAGUCCCUGCCAUACCUGGAAGGGAUGCACGUCUGUGUCUCACAUUUCUAUUCUGUUCUGCAAGAUGGUGACCUUUGCAUUCCCUGGAAUUGGAAGAACUAAGGCACUGCCUUGGGAGGCGAGGUCACCAGGAGACAUGACUUUAGACUUAACUUAUUUAAAUCUACGUUUUGAUACGACAGUGUGGUCAUGCCUCUUGCCAGAGGGGGACGCCUAACUGCUGCUCUGGAAGUAGGACUUCUGGUACCCGCAGGAAAGCUGUUUGUGCGUUUCCAGUUCUCACCUCCCACCUUCCGUGGUGUCCAGAAUGAUAGACAGGUCUAACUUAGAUAUAUUUUUAGUAGUGGGCAAAAGCCGCUUUUAAACGAAGCGAGAGUUCUACAAAAGAAAAAUGAUCUAUUUUUAUACGCACGGCUGUUGGAGUGGGACGUUCGAGGCCCAGGAAAGGAACAGACACGUGAUGAAGAAGGAGAAAUGAGUUCCUGUUCCUGCAAGCACCUGGCACAGUGCCCGGACACAUAGGCGCUUAAUCGAUGUUUAUUGAAGUCCCGGUUCUCACCUUUCUUGUUAAACCCCAUCCCUACGUGUUCUGUCUCUAACGGUGGACAGCUGGUAUUAUCCAAGAGGGGAUUUCUAGGAAGCAAAAAUGAUUUAUCCAUUUUGAGUCAGAAAAAGGUUAGAAUUAUCAAAAAUUCUGUAGCUAUCAUAUAUGAUGUCCCUUUGACUUUUUUAUAAGCUAUUUGGGGCCAGUAUAUUUGUUACAGUAUUACCCACUCUUGAUGCUGGAGAGUUUGGUUUGUAGAUUAUUGCUCCUGUAAUUAAGGAUUUCCUGUCAAUUUGUAGCAGUCUGUGAUUUAGAAUCGCGUUUCUGGCUGCACGUGAGUCAACUCUGGUCACCCCUGGAGGUGGCUGAAGGCCCAGAUCCUCAGCCCAGGGCUGAGGUCAAGGAUCCUUGCCAGGCCUUCCCAGCCCAGGCUUCCCUGGCUCUCUCCAGGUGCCAGACACUUGCCUGGUGCAGUGGCCGCUGCCUCUGGGUUCCUGCUGCUGUCACACUGUGGGGUUUGUCCCCAGGUCUCCAAUGCCACGGCCCCCUCCUGAGCAUCCUGGAGCGUCACCAGUGACUUCUCUUCCUAGAGCUGAGUGUUUUUAGGAUGGCGUCUUCAUGUAUUGCGUGGCUCCUCCCUCCCUGGGGUCUUUCCCCAGAAUGUUGAGAGCCAGGCCUGUUCUCCGUGGCUGUUCGCCAUCCGCAGACACUCCUUGACAGGGAAGGCAGGUAAUGGUCUGGCUCAGAUUCCCUGGGUACCACUGGGGCAUCACUGAAAAUGCCUGUUUCCAGCGUGUGCUGUUAGACUGAAAACUUUGGAAGAGAUUAGGUCAGAUUUAAGCUAAUCUGAAACCUACAUUCAGAAAUCGUAAUCUGAACAAUUCAAAUAAAAAUUGGAAAGUAAUUCUGGAUUCCAAGAAAGUAUUGAUUUAUACGGUUAGUGUUUGUAGAUGCCAACAUUGUCCUUUUUACCUCUGCAGAAAUCUGCUACAAAAAAACUUCUGUCUUUUAGAAUGAAUGUCUGCUGCCUCGGAACAUUUGACCAAACCUACAGAUAACCCAAAAACUGCCGUUUUAUCAGUAAUUUUCAGAUGAAAAAACUUAGAUUAUUCCCCUUUGUAAGAUUAACUAAAAUGUAAUUUCCAGUAGUAUGUUUUGAACUGGAUUUUGCCUCUAAGAACUGA